AUGGCUGGCCCUACUUUAAGAAUCGAUGAAAAUGCUAUCAAUAACAAUAUUCGUUUAACGAGAUCCAAAUCGAAUAUCAACAACAUCAAUAUCAAUGAAAAUAUUAAUGAAACUAUCAAUGGUACUAGAACUGCUUUGACCAAUAUAAGCUUGAACAAUCAACUCUCCCUACCAAACCAACAAAAGAUAAUCAUACCAAGACAAUCACACUACAAAAGAGACCCUCUCAAUAAUAACAACUCACACAAUAUUAACAUCAUCAACAAUAAAGCGAAAUCUCCUGAAAAAUCAACUAGAUUAUCAAUCAAAAGACGUUAUGAAGAGUUUAAUUUGAAUAAUAAUAUGAACAUUGAUGAAAAUUUUAACAAUGAAAAAUCUAAUGAGAAUUAUAAUAUCAACAACAACAACAACAGCAAUAACUAUAAUGACCACAUUAAUAACAAUAAUAAUAAUAAUAAUUUUCUUAAUGGAACGACUAUCAAUAUGAAUAAUGAGAAUAAUAACUUCUUUCUUAAUAAUAAAAAACCGAAAAUAACUUAUAACUGGGAUGACUUGGAUUUAGAUGAUUUCGAUGACCCAUUGAUGGUAAAUGAAUACGUUGUCGAUAUCUUUAAUUAUUUAACGGUUUUGGAACAACAAACUCUACCUGAUGCAAACUAUCUUAUCUGGCAAAGUAAUCUAAAACCAAGAAUGAGAUCCAUUAUAGUUGAUUGGUUGGUUGAGGUCCAUUUAAGAUUUAGAUUGCUACCAGAAACGUUGUUCAUUGGAAUCAAUUUAAUGGACCGUUUUCUAUCAAAGGAAAUAAUUGAAGUGGAUAAGUUCCAAUUGUUGGCUAUUUCAUCUUUAUUUAUCUCUGCAAAAUAUCAAGAGAUUUGCUCGCCCUCAAUCAAGAAUUUCUCCUAUGUUACAGAUGGAGGAUUUAGUGAAGAAGACAUUUUGAAUGCCGAAAAAGUGGUUUUGGCAGUGUUGGAAUUUAACAUGUCGUAUCCAAAUCCCUUGGAAUUUUUAAGAAGAAUAUCUAAAGCAGAUAACUACGAUGUUCAAACGAGAACCUUGGGAAAAUACUUGUUAGAGAUAUCGGUGAUAGACUACAAGUUUAUAGGAUUGUGCCCAUCACUCUGUGCAGCUGGAGCAAUGUAUAUAUCAAGAAAAAUAUUGAAAAGAGGAGAAUGGAAUGGCAACUUGAUACACUAUUCAGGUGGGUACAAAGAAAAAGACUUGAGGAAAGUCUGUGAGAUGAUUGUUGAAUACUUGAUUUCCCCAAUUGUACACGAAGAGUUCUUCAAAAAAUAUUCGUCAAAAAAAUAUAUGCGAGCAUCAGUGCUAGCAAGACAAUGGGCAAAAAAGAUAACAAUGCAAGAAAGGGAUAUAAUGGAAUAA